CUUUUCUUUUGCUGUUAUAUUAGUUUCAACCUCCCUUUAUUUGGUAUAUAUUAUAUUAUAUAUGAUUUGUUUAAUUUGUUUUUCUGAGCUGGCCUCAAAGUUUUUACUUGUUUUGUGUCCAUUAUUUAUGCAAGCAUGCAAUGGAAUAAAAUUUAGCUUAUUAAUGGGUAAACCGCUUCUAGAAAUUAUUUUGUUCUACCUAAAACUCCCUCGAUUUCUAUAAUUCCUUUGAGCAGAAAAAUUAGCCUGAAUCAGAGCGCGUCCACCAAACCUGCAAAGCGGGGAACUUGAUCACUGCCGUAUCAUUCCACUUGAGGCAUGAGAGCUGUGUCAAGCUUUGUCGUGGUGCUUCUGCUCCUGGCAGAGACUCGCAGCCGCGGAUAUUGGGGGAGACGAUCCCGAUUGCAGGACGCCCCUUGGAGGAUUCAUUAUGUGGCGGCGCCUCCUCUUCGGAAAAACACGGCUGACCUAUUGUACGAACUCAGCCAGCCGGGGAUGAUUAAGUUAAAGAGUGAUGCUUUUCUGGAUGAAAAUGUCAUUGAGGAUGAAGAUAACCAGAUCAAAUUUGGCACCAACGGGAUCACCUCAACUUUUAUCAAAGAGGCCAAGGACGAGGAAGUAGCGCGGUUUUUGAACCUUUUGACUUUGGUGCGGUUUUCCAACUCUGAGUGCCUCUCUGAGGAUGGCUUAGUAGGGUCCUGCUACCCUGACAGUGAGUGCGUAGCUCUGGGUGGGGUUAUUGGUGGCUCUUGCGCCAAUGGAUUUGGAGUGUGUUGUGUUUUUAUUGGUACUUGUGGGGACCGACUUCAGGCAAACGGAAGUUACUUCCAAAGUCCAAAUUUUCCCGAAAUCAUGCCAACGCCAACGCGCCCAAAAUCUUGUUAUUUUGAAAUCUUGAAAACCAACCCCUGGGUCACUCAUGUAAGAGUUGAUUUUGAAUUUUUCCAGUUAUCGAAUCCGACCGCUGGUGAGUGCCAGAACGAUCGUAUGAUCAUCAGUGGACAGGAUGAGGGAAGUCCAGUGCCACCGUUGUGCGGAUCCAAUACCGGCCAACACAUUUACUUUGAGUUGCUAAAUAAACAAACACCUGUCCGGUUUACCGUUAUAUCCUUGAGCAACAGCAGCGUUGUAGUGAACCGUCGGUGGCGCAUUAGAAUAACACAACUCAAUCCUCGCGACUUGCCCCUUGCCGCUCCUAGCCACUGUCUCCAGUAUUACUCCAGUCCUACAGGUGUUGUACAGAGUUUCAACUACGAAGGAGGAGCGUACACGAAUAAUUUGAAUUACGCUAUAUGCAUAAAGAAAAUGCCUGGGGCUUGCAGCAUCACCUACAGAAACACCAACGUGGCUGGUCAGGAGUCUCGAUUUCAGAUUGUCAAUGUGGAAAGAGGGGGCCAAAGUAUUAUUCCAGUCAACCAAGCAGGAGCUGGAGUUUUUAACUGUCCCGAUGAUUACAUUGUGGUCAGUGGAGUCCGACUUUGUGGAGAAAAACUCAACGAUGCCACCACGAAUAUAGACUUUACUGUCAACGCUCCAGUGACAGACACAACUUCGGGUCCUUUUAUCCUUCCUUUCCGCACAAACGCUGGCAACGUGGGCCAAGGGUUCAGUUUGGUCUACAGUCAAAAUGCUUGCGCACUUUCGUGAAAAUGAAGAGAACUGCGGUCUCGGCCGCCGCAGACGUUGACAGCAAGGUCAGCUGGCUCAGCAGUCAAAAUAUUUGAUUGCUGGUGUUGGUAAAUUUUCAAAAAUUCCGCAGCCGGCUCGACACUGCUUGACCGUGUCAGAAGUCGAAGUAUGAAUGUUUUGCAAAAUCGUUUAAACUUCAGGAUCAGGAUAAGGAUUUUUUUUUUACAAUUUUUCCGCCAGCAUGAAAUUUCAAAAGUAGAACAAAAAUUCCUUGCAUAAUUUCACUUUGAUGAAAAGAGGUCUUUAUUAAAUGUUUUUAAGCAAAAUAAAUAAGCAAUUUGAAAAC